CUUCUGUGGUCUCGCUUCUCGGGAAGCAUUUCCGGUCUCAGGGAGCAGAGGUCUGUGACAAGAAAACUUUAUUUCUCUGCUGCACGGCAUCCGGAACCUAAAGGACUUACCCUUGGCCGACCUGAUGGUGGGAAGAGUUAGAGGGACGGACAAGGAGAGAGGCGUGGCCGGGAGACUUCCGGGAGAGCGCCGGAAGUACGGUGUGCGACUCAGGCUGACACGCGCCGUUCUCCUCGCCGUCGGGCUUGCGAAAGUCUGACGGGAACCGGAGGCGUAGGAGACCCGAGUCCAAGACGACUCCACUGUCGUGACCGCCGACAAGUCCUUUUUCUGGGCUUUCAUUGGCUCAGCUGCGAAGUGAGUCGUGGACGAGUCGAUCUCAGCGUCCAGCCUGGAGAGCGGGGUCUUUUCAGGCAGCGCCCGUGGGAUUCGAGGGCCAGAGAUAAAAGGCCUCUCCCCAUGUUCAAAACAGUCGUGCACUCUGAGCCUGCCAUCCAAGAAAGUCAGGAGGAGGAGUUGAUAGUCUCUGCAUCCCUCACCGUUCUGGGACAGGACCCAACAUGUCUCAGGCCACCAAGAGGAAGCAUGUGGUGAAGGAGUUGCUGGGGGAGCACAUGGUGCCCUCCGACCAGCAGCAGAUCGUGAGGGUACUCAGGACCCCAGGGAACAAUUUGCAUGAGGUGGAGACAGCCGAGGGGCAGCGCUUCCUGGUGAGCAUGCCCUCCAAAUACCGCAAGAACAUCUGGAUUAAGAGAGGGGACUUUCUCAUUGUUGACCCUAUUGAAGAGGGAGAGAAGGUGAAGGCCGAGAUCUCCUUUGUGCUCUGCAAAGACCACGUGCGCUCUUUGCAGAAGGAGGGGCUCUGGCCUGAGGCCUUCUCCGAAGUGGCUGAGAAACACAACAACCAGAACAGACAGGCUCAGCCAGAACUCCCAGCUGAGCCACAGUCAUCGGGAGAAGAGUCCAGCUCUGAAGGUGAUGCUGACCUUUUUGUUAACACCAACCGCAGACAGUGUCAUGAGAGUGAGGAGGAGAGUGAAGAAGAGGAGACAGCCUGAGACCCCGGGACCCUCUUCUCCUCCUGCUCAGGGAAUAGUCCUUGGCUGCUCUGAGCUUGGACAUGCCCAGGAGCCUCUGUGGAUCUUUCCCCCUGGAUGGGGACAAGGCAGGGCCCUUCUCUGAACUGACUUUCUGACGUAGGAGAAUUAAACCCCUGGUGGGUGGUGACUUACGCUGGUGUCGGAGUGGCUCUUUGGAGGAAGGAGGGACAUGUGGUAAAGUUAAAAACUGCUCCUAGGUGGUGUCCUCAUGGGCAGGUGGGCUGAAUGGGUAGGAAAUGGGAAAUGGCUGGAAUCUUUCCUAGUUUCUCCCUCUCUCAUCGGGCACUUAGUAAGUGCCAGGCCCUGUGUGCUUCCUUGCAUGUACUUAGUAAGUGGGAGCAUUUCCACCUCAUUGCCUGCUUGCAGUUAGUACUGGUUCAGGCAUUCAGGAUCACAGUGGGGCUUAGUGCCCAUCUGCCUUUACGAGACCCUCAGGAUGAAUUUCACAGUGCCUCGUAAGCUGUUCUCCCUGCCUUUCUAGUGACUUGUGACUGCAGGAGCGCCCACCUCCAUGCUGCUGUGUACAUCCCCUGGUUGAUGGCCUCCUCAUGGCUACUCAGACCAUCACUCCUCAGCCCUCGUGCAAACCACA